ACAAUUUGGCGUUUAGUUCUCCUCCGCGUGCGCCAAAACCAAGUGGGCUAAAAAGUUGUCCAACUUCGACUGCAGAUCGUGAUUCCGAAUUCCAGAUAUCGAAAGAUGCACUUCAGAGGACACGGGAGAAGGAUGGCGUUCAGUCUACUGCUGGCCAGUCUCCUUGUAGGCCUGGCACUGGCUCAAGGCCCCGGACAGGACUCGCCCCAUGUCCGGCACAAGCGCGGCAUCUUCUGGGACUUUUUCCAGAAGAUGGUCAUCACGAAGAACCUCAUAGUAGACCAAUAUGUGGACACCCGGAACACCCUGAACGACGUCUACAACGUGGUGAACGAGCAAUUCAGCGAUCCUGGACCAGCGAAGCCGACGAGUAGUCCUCGCGUGACCACCGAGAAGACCGUAAGAUCCUCUGAGGUAACCCCUAAAACACUAUUGACCGAAAUCGAAUUCCCGCAGUCAAUCAGCGGCGAGGAAAGCGGAGGUGAAAGCGAGGAACCCUCCACCACCACCGAGUCCUUCUCCAUCUCGAGGUACGAGCUGGGCCGGAUCCUGGGGAGGAACUUCCGGGGCCUCCAGCGCCUGGCGAUGAGCGAGUUCAGCACGGCCCUCAACGCCACCAAGUACAACCUGGCCGAGUACAAGGCCGAGGCGGACAAGCAGUUCGCCAACAGCCUGGCCGUCGAGAAGAAGAACAAACUGAAAAGUCUCAAGGGCUGACACUGAGCCGGGCCACGCCCCUUCCCCAAGUGCCUGAUAGUUGUCUCUGUGAUAGGCUGCUCCUCCAUUUUUUCUAUUAUUCCUUAACUUUAUUUAUUUAAUGGUUUU